AUCUUCUAGAAUGUUCUAGAAUAUUCCAGAAUACAACGAGGGUAUAUAAAACGGUACCCUUACCCGAGCAGCCAUUCGUUUUGCUCGCUUGAGUCGAUCCUGUGCUAUCGUUUUACGAAGUUUCUUCUAUCAAGUUUAUUAACAAGAUGGCAGAACAAAUGGAAACCGACGGAGAAUUAGAAACUUUUGCUUUCCAAGCAGAGAUUGCACAGCUUAUGUCUCUGAUCAUUAACACAUUUUAUUCGAAUAAGGAAAUUUUCUUAAGAGAACUUAUUUCGAAUUCUAGUGAUGCUCUCGAUAAAAUUCGUUACGAAUCUCUAACAGACCCAUCUAAACUGGACAGUGGUAAAGAAUUAUAUAUCAAAAUCAUUCCAAAUGAAAAUGAUGGAACUCUGACUAUUAUUGAUACUGGAAUUGGUAUGACCAAAGCUGAUUUAGUUAAUAACCUUGGUACGAUUGCUAAAUCCGGUACCAAGGCAUUCAUGGAAGCUCUUCAAGCUGGAGCUGAUAUUUCUAUGAUCGGUCAAUUUGGUGUUGGUUUUUAUUCUGCUUACUUAGUAGCGGAUAAGGUAACUGUUGUUUCUAAGAGCAAUGAUGACGAACAGUACUUAUGGGAAUCCAGUGCUGGAGGCUCAUUUACUGUUAGACGUGAUACUGGAGAACCUUUAGGACGUGGUACAAAGAUCAUCCUUCAUAUAAAGGAAGAUCAAUCUGAGUACCUCAAAGAACUUAAAAUCAAGGAAAUUGUAAAGAAGCACUCUCAAUUCAUUGGCUAUCCCAUUAAAUUAGUUGUACAGAAGGAACGUGAAAAAGAAUUGAGUGAAGAUGAGGAUGAAGUUGAGGAAGAAAAGAAAGAAGAUGAAGAAGGAAAACCAAAGAUUGAAGAUGUAGGUGAAGAUAAGGAAGAGGAAGAUAAAGAAAAGAAAAAGAAAAAGAAGACUAUAAAAGAAAAAUAUUCCGAAGAUGAGGAAUUGAACAAAACUAAACCAAUAUGGACACGUAACGCAGAUGACAUUGCACAGGAGGAAUACGGAGAAUUUUAUAAGUCAUUAACUAAUGAUUGGGAAGAUCAUCUAGCUGUCAAACAUUUCUCCGUGGAAGGACAAUUAGAAUUCAGGGCAUUGCUCUUUGUUCCUCGCCGUAUGCCAUUUGACUUAUUUGAAAAUAAGAAAAGAAAGAACAACAUCAAGUUAUAUGUACGCAGAGUAUUUAUAAUGGAUAAUUGCGAAGAAUUAAUCCCAGAGUACCUGAAUUUCAUUAAGGGUGUAGUUGAUAGUGAAGAUUUGCCAUUAAAUAUCUCUCGUGAGAUGUUACAGCAAAACAAAAUUCUUAAGGUUAUUAGAAAGAAUCUUGUUAAGAAAUGUCUAGAACUUUUUGAAGAAUUAACGGAAGAUAAGGAUUCUUAUAAGAAGUUCUAUGAACAAUUUAGCAAGAACAUUAAAUUAGGUAUUCAUGAAGAUAGUACCAAUCGCAGCAAAUUAGCAGAUUUAUUGAGGUAUCAUACUUCUGCAUCUGGAGAUGAAGCUUGCUCUCUAAAGGAUUAUGUUGGUAGGAUGAAAGAGAACCAAAAACAUAUCUACUUUAUUACUGGAGAAAGCAAAGACCAAGUUGCAAAUAGUUCUUUUGUAGAACGUGUCAAAAAACGUGGUUUUGAAGUAGUAUAUAUGACAGAGCCUAUUGAUGAAUAUGUUGUCCAACAAUUGAAGGAAUUUGAUGGAAAACAGCUGGUAUCUGUAACUAAAGAAGGUUUAGAACUUCCAGAAGACGAAGAAGAGAAGAAAAAAAGAGAGGAGGAUAAAGCUAAAUUCGAAAACUUAUGCAAAGUUAUGAAGACCAUUCUUGAUAAUAAAGUAGAAAAAGUUGUGGUAUCGAACAGAUUGGUUGAUUCUCCAUGCUGUAUUGUUACGUCUCAGUAUGGUUGGACCGCUAAUAUGGAAAGGAUAAUGAAGGCGCAAGCGCUUCGCGAUACUUCAACCAUGGGAUAUAUGGCUGCGAAGAAACAUCUGGAAAUUAAUCCAGAUCAUUCAAUUAUUGAAACUUUACGUCAAAAGGCUGAAGCUGACAAAAAUGAUAAAGCUGUAAAAGAUCUGGUUAUACUUUUAUUUGAAACUGCAUUACUUUCAUCUGGUUUUACAUUAGAUGAGCCACAGGUGCAUGCUUCUAGAAUUUAUAGAAUGAUUAAGCUAGGUCUUGGCAUUGAUGAAGAUGAUUCAAUGCAAGAAGAACAGAAAAUAGUGGAUGAAGUAGUCCCUCAAGUAGAAAGUAAUGAAGCAGAGGAUGCAUCCCGAAUGGAAGAAGUUGAUUAAAUAUAAAACACGAUAUAUACAGAUAUGACAUAUGUCAUUGUUAUAGAAAGACUGUUCGAAUCAAAGAGAAAUCUUAUUAUCCCUCUUUGAUCCAUUUACCACGUUUUAUGUGGUCACUUACACCAGACAUCUUUUUUUGUAACAUACUUUUGUCACUUAAUUUAUCAUUCCUCUCUUAUGUAUGUUAAGUUAAAAAUAAUAAAAUUACCAACGAAAUAAA